AUGUCGGACACGCAGGUAGAGCCCAGCGUUAUCAGCUACAGCGGUGGAAUCAGCGCGUGUGAGAAGUGUGGGCAGUGGCAGUGGGCCUUGGUUCUCUUCGGCGAGAUGCGGAGGGCAAAGGUGGAGCUCAACGCUAUCUUCAGUUACAACGCUGGGAUCAGCGCAUGCGAGAAAGGCAGGAGAUGGCAGCAGGCCCUGUCUCUCCUCAGUGAGAUGCGCGACGCGGGGUUGGAGCUGGACGUCGUCGGCUACAGUGGUGGGAUCAGCGCGUGCGAGAAGGGUGGGCAGUGGCGGCCGGCUCUCUUGCUGCUCGGCGACAUGCGCGAGGCAAGAGUGGAGCACGACGUGAUCAGUUGCAACGCUGGGAUCAGUGCGUGCAGGGAAGGUGGGCAGUGGCAGCAGGCUUUGUUCCUACUCAGCGUGAUGUGGGCGUGGAAACUUGAGCCCAACGUCGUCAUUACAACGCUGGGAUCAGCGCAUGCGAGAAGGGCGAGCAGUGGCAGCGGGCCCUGUCGCUGA